AUGUCGGAGGGAAUGGCACAAGUGACUGCAAGCAAAGAGCCUUGUACCAAUGACAAUGAAGCUUUGGAGAAUGUUCAGCAUCCAUUUCAUCAACAGAGCAUUGAUUCCUACAUGAACCCAUGGCAUGUCAAUGCUGUUGUGGAAGGGUUUUGCAUUUUUGCACAUUUUUCUGAAGCUGGCAUUGGCAUCUUAGCCAAUACCUCCCUCCUUGUCUUCCACAUCUUCACAAUCCAUCAAAUUAGGAGGCCUAGACCAACAGACAUGAUCACUUGUCAGCUGGCUUUUGUCCAUAUAGUGAUGCUACUUACCACUCUAGAUAUUUUAUCUGCAGACACGUUCAAAUCCUUGGGAUUUCCAAAUGAAUUAAAAUGUAAAGUUUUGCUCUACAUGAAUAGAGUGUCUAGGAGUCUCUCCAUCUCCACCACCUGUCUGUUGAGCAUUGUUCAAGUCAUCACCAUCUGUCCCAGCUCCUGCUUCUUGUCAGGAUUUAAACAUAAACUCACAAAACAUGUUACCAUUGCUUUAUUCUGUUUCUGGUCCCUGAACCUGUGUUCCAAUACUAACCGGAUCAUCUACACUGUAGCUCAUUCCAACACGACCAACCUAUUUAUUGUCAGUAAGUACUGCUCACUUACCUCAAUGAACUUUACCAUCAUGAUGCUACUUGACACUCUUUCAUUGUUCCAGAAUGUCUUCUUUGUAGGAAUGAUGCUUCUCUCCAGCAUGUACAUAGUGAUUUUCUUAUGUAGCCAUCAGAGGAAGUCUGAGUAUCUUCGUAGCAUCAGCAUUUUCCCAAGAAUCUCUCCAGUGAAAUGGGCCACCCGUACUGUCCUAGUGCUGGUGAGUUUCUUUGUGAUUAUGUACUGUGUGGAUAGCAUCAUCUCAUCCUUCUCAGCUGUAUUGAGGAAAUAUGAACCUGUGGUCCUGGAUAUCCAGAGAGUGGUGGGAAAUAUUUAUGCCACUGUCAGUCCUUUCAUACUUAUUAGUUCUGACAAGCGAAUAGCUGAUAUCCUGAGAAAAGUAAUCGAUAUGUGCCAAACAUUUCAAGAGUUGAUAAAGUCAGAACCAUAA